AUGCUGCGCACAGACCAGCUGCGCACGGACCAACGUGCACAGCCUGCCCUAAUCUCCCCAUGUCACCUUAGGUUUGAGCCUAGCUCACCAUCGCUUCGGUUGGGUGGUGCGCACCCCUACUAUACGCUACGAUACGUAGAUAAGCCACGCGCACCUCCCCUUCCUCCCCCCAUCACCGUGGCUGACGAAUUCUUCGACUGCUCUCGACUUGAGCACGCCUUCGACACCCAGGAGCAGGUCGACGUCUCUCGCGGCGACCCAGACCGCAACGGCAACCUAGCCCCUUUCUUCAGCUGUGAUCGGCAACCGUGCCCUAAUCGAACCCCACGAUCCAUCACCACCAACAAAGACGAAGGGCGCUACGUGCCAAUCCGACGAGUCCAACACCCCAGCGGCCCUGCACUCCGAUACGCUGGCACCUCGAGGUCUACAUCUCGCCACGUCACUCCCGUCCCAUCCCGACCUGCCUCGCCAGGCACCCGCAUCCCCCAACCUGUCGCCAGUACAGGUCAAGCGCGAGGAGAU